AUGAGUUCACCUUCGAAACGCUUGAAAAAGAGCUCAAAUGAAGCCGAAGAACCCAUAUUCUUCUUCUCUGGGUCAAGGUUGCCAUAUUGCCAGUUGUCAAACUUCUUUGAAGUUGAUAUCGAGAUGGAGGAAGGCGUGUUUCCGUCUGUAGAGCAUUAUUUCCAAGGUAUGAAAUUCAUUCCUGAAGACAGGAAGCAGUUUAUGAAAGGUGGGGAAUUUGAUAGGAAAAAAGAGACGGCAGCAACAAACGUGAAGGAGGAGACAGCGAAAGGAAGGCUGGCCAAGUCGGCUGGCUCGAAAUCUGGUUCUGCUAAGUAUAAGUUGACGUUAGCACCUGACGGAUUAGAUCAGGAAGUAGCAAAACGAAGGAUGAAAAGAGCUCUACAAAAGAAGUUUGAAAAAGAGCCGUUUAAAAGCCUUCUUUUAGAAACUGGGGCCUCAAGACAGCUGAUUCACAUUCCAUCUCGGGGUCAAACAGAUUUCUGGAUUGGGAAGCGAGACAAAAAGACGGGUGAGAUUACUGGAGAAAACACUAUGGGGAAACUACUGAUGGAAGUAAGAGAUUCUUUACUAAGUGAAGCUUAUGACAGCAAUGACAAAGAUGUUGACGUCAAUGAAGACUGA